AUGGCGCAAGGAUAUGCCCGCACAUCCAGGAAGCCAGGAGUUGUUCUGACCACUUCGGGGCCGGGUGCGACGAACCUCAUCACGCCUUUACAAGACGCGCUAAAAGAUGGCACUCCACUGGUUGUUCUCACCGGCGAAGUCCCAACCUAUGCCAUGGGCACGGAUGCCUUUCAAGAAGCAGAUGUGAUUGGCAUUACGGGCCCUUGCACGAAAUGGAAUACGGUGGUACGAGACAUUCGGGAUCUUGCCACCCAGAUCAAUGAUGCUUUUAGAAUUGCCAUGAGUGGACGACCGGGCCCUGUUCUAGUGGCACUACCCAAAGACGUGACCAGUGCGGUUCUUGAAACCCCCGCUAGAGUGGCUUCAUCCCAAUGUCUCCCUAAAUUGAAUAACCCCGUUUUACGAUUUGAUGCUCUCAAAGCCAACCGAUCGGCGAGCAUCAAAAGAAGCGCAGAUCUUAUCAACAAAGCCGAGAGACCUGUUCUUUACGCAGGUAAUGGAGUGCUUUCGUGUGCCGAGGGCCCGAAAGUGUUGGCACAAUUAGCUGAAACUGCCUGCAUUCCAGUUGCCACUAGUCUUCUUGGUAUUGGAUGUUUUGAUGAGAACGAUCCAAAGUCACUUCAGAUGCUAGGAAUGCAUGGUACUGCAUAUGCAAAUAAGGCGAUCCAAGCAGCUGAUUUGGUGAUCGCUUUGGGCGCACGCUUUGAUGAUCGUGCCAUCGGCGACCCCGAUCGUUUUGCUCCUGUUGCAAGAGCGGCCGGUAAAGACCAACGAGGCGGCAUCAUACACUUCGAAAUCCACCCCCCUCAUAUCAACAAAAUCAUUCAAUGCAAUGAAUUCGUCCAAGGAGAUGUUACCGCCGGUCUCACUGAGUUACUUCAUCAUGUCCAGAAGGUGGAGAGCAGACCGGAGUGGAUGGGCCAGAUUUCUAAAUGGAAGAAGACAUUCCCGAUCAAGCCGACGCCUCCGAAGCAAAUGACACAAAUAUCUCCUGAGUGUGUUAUUAGGCUUCUAAGCGAUCUUACUGAAAAAUUGAGCAAACAAACCAUAAUUACCACUGGUGUUGGGUCCCAUCAGAUGUGGGCGGCUCAGUUUUUCCGAUGGACUGCGAAUCGCUCGCUGAUCACUUCUGGAGGUGCAGGAACCAUGGGCUUCGGGCUUCCUGCAGCCAUUGGCGCCCAAGUCGCACGGCCUGACGCAAUGGUCAUUGAUAUUGAUGGGGAUGCAUCGCUGAGCAUGUCGAUGCAGGAGAUGGCCGUGGCCGCGGAGUUUGGGAUUAACAUCAAAAUCUUGGUACUCAACAAUAAUGAGCAAGCUAUGGUCACACAGUGGCAGGCUCUUGAUUAUGACAAGCGAUACUCCCACGCACAUCAACGAAAUCCAGACUUUGUGAAGGUGGCUGAUGGAAUGGGCAUCAAAGCUCAGCGAUUGGAUGCUGUGUCUGACAUCACAGAUAAACUUGAGUGGCUUAUUCGCUCGGAGGGGCCAGCCUUGCUGGAGGUGAAGGUGGAGGAAAAGGUCCCCGUGCUUCCAUGGGUUACUCCCGGCAAGGCAUUGGAUGAGAUGAUCAUCAAUGCCAGCCAGAUUGACACUAGUAGGAAAUAG